GCACGCGAGAACAUUUCCGUGGCUUUUGCAGAAAGAGCGCGUGUUUGAUGAGAAUGGGUAAAUUUCGGCAGAGAAAUGGAAUCGAUUGUUUUGCAUUCUUUUAUAUAUACCUCAUCCUCCUUACUCUAACCACGUGUUCUCCCGAAAUCAUGAACAGCAGCAAAAUACACGAUCUUGAUAUGCUUGACGAAGUUCUGAAGCACUAUGACAGAAGGGCACUGCCAACUAGUACAGAAGGAGUACCUACGGUGGUCUCUUGUGGAAUAUUUAUAAGAAGCUUUGGAUCAAUUAACCCUUCCACCAUGGAUUAUGAGGUGGAUCUUUACCUACGCCAAACCUGGUACGAUCAUCGCCUAAAACAACCACAUUUGGUGAAACCGCUUGAUCUGAACGAUCCGAAACUUGUUCAACGAAUAUGGAAACCAGAAGUAUUUUUUGCCAAUGCUAAACAUGCGGAGUUCCAAUAUGUAACUGUCCCCAACGUUUUGGUGAGAAUCAUGCCUUCAGGAGAAAUCCUGUAUAUGCUCAGAUUAAAGCUGAGAUUUUCAUGCAUGAUGGACCUUUAUCGUUAUCCCAUGGAUUCUCAAGUUUGUACAAUAGAGCUGGAAUCAUUUUCUAAAACAACUGAUGAACUUCACCUAAAGUGGACAGAUGUCCAACCAGUUAUGCUUUAUGACAAUUUGAAGCUACCGCAAUUUGAGAUUGAGAGAGUGAACACAUCUUUAUGCCGGGAGAAAUUCCACAUCGUAAAUCUUUUUUUCUUAGGAGAGUACAGCUGCCUGAGAGCUGAGUUCUACUUGAGGCGUUCUGUAGGAUACCAUUUAGUCCAGUCCUACCUCCCAACCAUCCUGAUAGUGGUUAUUUCGUGGGUGUCAUUCUGGCUGGAUGUCAAUGCCAUUCCAGCUCGUAUCACCCUGGGGGUGACCACUUUGCUGACGAUCUCUUCCAAAGGCGCUGGCAUUCAAAGCAAUUUGCCUCCCGUGUCCUACGUGAAGGCAAUGGACGUUUGGAUGGGCGCCUGCACCACCUUUGUAUUUGCUGCUCUUUUGGAAUUUACUUUGGUAAACUACAUGUGGAGGAAACGUCCUGAGACACUUCCUGGAAGGUCAACACCAAUUAUAACAGUUAAAUCAAAGAGUACCGUGGAUUCCGAAAAGGCUGAUGGUACUGGCGUGGUGUCACCAGUUCAAACUACUGCAAGAUUUGACACAAAGCUGCAUGCCAAACGAAUUGACAAGAUGAGCCGCGUGGUAUUUCCUGCUCUUUUCAUUGGGUUCAAUAUUGUCUACUGGUUGUAUUUCAUGUGCUAAAAAGAUAUAAUAUAUAAUUCCUGCUGAAAUACUGCUGUUUGUGUUAUCUCCCCAAUGCUUUUGGUGUUUGAGAAAAAGAAAAAAAAAAUGUGAUGAUUAAAAUGUUAAUGUUGUUGUUGGAAAAAAACUCUGUUUUCAAAAGUUGAAGAUUUUGGACGCUUUAAUGAUAUGUUUUAAUCUUUAAUAUGAAUUUUAUGAUACUUAAUGCAAAUAUUUUCGUUAUGGCUGAAAUUUUAAAAAAAUCUUAA